AUGUAUAUUAAUAUAAAUUCCCACUUUCAGCUCAAACAAGGUGGUUGUAGUGAAGCGACAACUUCAGCUGUCGCCUCAACUCGCGACUCAUUGUCAGGUCGUCGUCCGCGCCCACCACCAUUACGUCAGAUCCCAGCCCGUGCUCUGAACAACCUGAGCAGUGUUUCGGUGGAUUCGCUGCGUCGCAAGACUCCCACGCCCGCCGUCACCUCACGAUCCGCCCUGCUGAGUCAUAGCCGGAGUAUGGACGCUGAUGUGGCACCCGCACCAGCGUCCGCCAACGACCGCAAAGUGUUAUUCAACAGUGAUUACAAUGGUAAGCAGUUAAUAUUUGGUUGUUCAAAUAUUUCUGUGCUCUCUUUUUAAAGCGAAUCUUUGGGGAUACGGGCGCAGAAUUAUUAAAACCACCGAAUAGUUCUUGAAGUUAUUAGUUUUUGAUAGGAAUUAGGUAUAGACACCUGCUACUACUUAUAUUGCCAUCGACACUAAACCUUAAGUUUAGCUUUUAUUUAUAUUUUUAAAAUUUAAAAAGUUUGGCACAAAGUACAUUUUAAAAAACUAAAAAAAAUAUUUAAAACGCAACAUUUCUUUUAUUUAUAAGCUCAAUUUUUUAUGAAUUCAAAACCCGUUUUUGAAUAAUUCAAACUUUGAAUAAUGAUAUCAUUGCUGAAACACUGUUGUAGGUAUGACAAUUGGUAAAAAAAAUGCACGUAUAGCUAAAAAGAUUUUGCAUUUGAGUUAAUGCCGUUUAGAAUAGCAAUUCAGAAUUUAAACAUUUUUAAAAUUGUAAUUUAUAGUGGUUUUUUUGGCGUUGUUCUUGACCGCUUUUGUAACAAAAAUCCUAUCAAAAAGUACAUCGUAUUUUACCUUUGAACUGAAUCUUUUUUGAAUUUAAGCUUGUUAGUCAUAAGGAAACCAAUGGAAAUUUCAAAAUUUUAAUAUAGAAACAACAAUCACAUUCGUAUGUUUGCGUGUCCAUGUUUUUUGUAAUACUGGAUCGUGUAAGUAAUACUAGGAGUAAAUCAGUUACCAAGGCAAUAUAAUACUAGUAGUGGUAUAGGAAAGGGUAAAUAUAAGUGGUAAAUUGGCAAUAAUUUUUGAAAAAAUAAGUUUAUUAAAUUUAUGUUGCGUUAGGGCAAUUUUUGAAGUUUUUUAGUGACAAAAAACUACGUUUUGAAUUUCCCGCCAAAUUGGCAUAGUGUUUCAAGCUUAUAACUUUGUCAUUUUUUGACUUUUAGUCUUUUUUUUUUGAUAUACUGAUAGGAAACUUUUAAAUGAAUGUCUGGAACGAUGAAAAAAGGGCUUGAAACACAAUGCCAAAUUUGCCAAUUUGGCGGGAAUUUUAAAUAAUUAAAUUUUUAAACUCAAAAGCGCAAGUUAAAAGUUUUUAUGGGUACUAUUGGUGGUAUAAAAAAAUUUUAUAAAAAUAGUGGGCCCAUUUUUGAGCUAGGCAGGUAGAGUACUUACCUUGAGAACCUAUAAACUCAAAAAUUAUCCCAAAAAGGUUGAAAUUGUUAGCAAAAUGUAGCAAUUUCUUUAAUCUCAAACAGAAAUUUGAUUGUUUAUGCGGCCAAGAAUGUCUUCCUGUAUUAUGCAUUCAAUGUCUUCUUCGCAUUAUUUCACCACACUGCACAAACACAGCCAAAGAUAUCAACCUUGUCGGCAGUGGUCAAUCCUAAAAGUGCAAAAAGUUUUAGUCGUUUUUUGGAAAUUUAAUUUUGGAAAGGAAAGAUUAAUGAAAAGGGCAUUUUUUAUAGUGUUUAUGGUACUGAUGGGUUUUUCUAUUUAUAAUACGUAAACGAAGGUGGAUUUGAUUUUGGGUGAUAUUUUCAAGAAUGUUUAGGUAGGUAAUGUUGAUUGUGAUGGGAGAGGGGGUAAAGAAAGAUUGAGGGCAUAUUUUUGUUUUUAGAUGCCAGAAAAGGUUCAAAAAAAUUAUUUUUUCAAGUUUUUAUUGCAUAUUUUUGAUGACAAACAGUUAACUUAUCGACAGUAAGGUUGAAUUCAAUAGAGAGAGGGGGAGGGGGGGGGGGAAAUUUUUUUUGGUUUCCAAUGGCAUACGCAUUUUUUAAGCGGUAAGGCAUUGUUCAACCUUUUUCAAAAAAAAUUUAGGGAAAAAACCCUCUCGCCCCUCCCUAUAUCCCCCUUCUUUUUAAUCUUUCAACUUUUGCGCAGUUUAUAAUUGUUUGGUUUUAAAAAAUGAUUAUUUAAAAUAUUUUUCUUCCUCACCCCUUCUACCAAACCCAAUUCAAUCAAUAACAAACCCUAAGGCCAAACCCUUCCGCAAGCCGGCUGGCUCUUUUUGCGGAUUUCGGUGGUGUUUCUCGCACGCACAAAAAUAAAUCUGUUCUGUUGUAACACUCGAAUACUAUGUAAUACAUACGUUCAUGUUGAAAUGAGAUUUUGUUUGCAGGCCAGCCGGACAAAACGGACGUGGAAAGCGGCCAAACUGCCGCCAAACACACCACCUUUGCGGACGUGCCGCUCGCUUAUGGGGUAAGUUGUGGGUAGUGGGCUGGACUGGUUUUAAAUUUUUUUAAAUUCUUAAACAGUUUAUGGAAAUAAAUUUUUUAGGUAACAUUUUUGUAUUAUGUUGAUAGUUUAGCGGGUUUUUGGGUUUUAUUAGGUGAUUGCGAAAUUAUCCCGCCAAUUUUUGUUUUUACCAAAAUUUAAUAUUAAAAAAACAACAACAACUAAUUAACAAAUAUAUGUAUCAUUAUUAUCAACAACCUGUUGCCAUCCCUUCGGCAGCAUUUGGAUUUAACUUCUGUAGAAACCUGGAGUUUUAGAAGUGAAAAAGUUAGUCCACCAUCGCUUGAGGUCGUCUCGGUUGUCAAAGCUUGUUGCAUUCAGAUGGUUUUGAAAAGAGUGGAACAUAUUAUAACCUGAAGGCACGACAUUAGUGGAGUACAGCGCAUGUGGCAUCUCAGCUUAGCCGAAACUUUUCAGCUUGUGUUGGGUUAACUUUGUCACAUAGGCGCGAGCAGUAUCAUGAAUGAAGAAGACGCGGUCUUUUUUACCAUGCAAUGCAACGGCAACAGAUUUAAUUUGUCUACAGUAGACAUCCACAGGUAUCGUAGUUCCAUGUGGUACCAUUUCCCAGUGUACAAUACCCAUUGGGUUACAGCAAACGCAUCAUCUCCUCCAGUGGGUGAAGAUCAGGUUUUGGAGUUGAUACACCCUGUUCUCCACGUCCAAGUCAUUGUUUCUUCCUGGUGUGAUUAACAUACAGUACCCACUCCUCAUCCCCAGUAACCAAAUUGUCAAGCCAUGAAAGUCCUUGGGAACAUCAACAAAUAAGUGCAACUUCCACUUAGCGUUUCAGCUGGUCGCUGUUGAGAUCAUGUGGAACCUCUUGGCCAUAUUUCCAUGAUCUUGCAAGGACGUGAAGUCUAGUUAAUAUGGUAGAAGGAUCACACUGAAGCUCUACAGUCAAAUGAGUACAUGUUUGUCUGGAAUCUUCUUCGAGUAGCUUCAGAAGGUGGGGUUUCUUCAACACUGAUGGUCUACCAGGUCGAGCUUUUCGGACAUGUCAAAGUCACCGUUUUGUGGAAACAAAUUUUUGUGGUGUCGUGAGAGACAACUGAAGGCCCUACAGCACUGCAUAUUUUUUUCGUUGCUAUUGUUGCGUUGCCGGUCUCACGGAAGUUGCGAAGCAACAUUGCCCUAACAUGACCAUUUUUUACCUUGAUUUCUUGAACCACCGUAAACAAUAGAAAGCUUGAACAUGCAAUAUUUUUUAGCGCUUGGACAUCUCUUUAUAUAGGUUGACAACAGAAAGUUCUAGAACAGUCCAGAAUUUUUAAAAAAAUUUUUGAGAAAUUGGCGGGAUAAUUUCGCAAUCACCUAAUAUUUAGUUUUUGAAAUUAUAUUCAAAUGUGAUAGUACUUAACUUAUUACUACGUCAUUUUUAGUACCUUCAAGAUGGUACUACGUUCUUUAUAGUCAUUUUAAAAAGUUCCAGUACGUUUUUCAUACUACUUUUUGAGAGACAACUGAAGGCCCUAGAAAAAUAUUAGGUUGUUUACAUAAUUGAGAAAUAUUAGGUUGUUUACAUAAUUCUGCGCUUCCUUACCCGACAAAUUUGCUUUGAGAGGAGGCGCAGAAUUAAGUGAACAACCUAAUAGUACUGUUGUUACAAAUACGUUAAAGUGAUAGCAAGCGCUAUUCAACUAGUAGCAUUAUUUCUCGAGUUGUACUAUAUCUCUUGGAGCUUUUUGAUACUAUUAAUACUACUAUAGCAUUAAAUUUUUUGUUUCACAAAGUCAAUAAUAUAAAUAAGUUUUUAAUUUUUGGUUUUUUGUCAAUUAGAAAAGGACAUUUUAGGAGCGGAACAUGUCCAUUGUGGGCGCACCACUGGUCUACAAACACUAUCGGACGGAUCAAAAGUUUCGGCGGAUGCAGUCGAAAGUGCACAACUUUCUGGAGCGGCCGCGAGGCUGGCGGGCUGCCAGUUAUCAUCUAUUAGUGUAGGUUUAAGACUUUUUGAUUUGAAAUUUUAAAAUUUUAUUUUUAUGGUUUUAUAAAUUUUUUGAAAAAGCUGAUUUUUUGAUGUUAUAGUACAUGUGAGUACAGUUUUAUAAUUCGUAGAGACUUUGUCGUAUUUUCCUUUGUCGUAUUUUACAAAAUCAAUAAAUAAAUUUUAAAAACUGACAAUUUUAAAAAUAUCUUUUACAAAAUUUACAGUUCAUAUCACUAACGACAACCUUUGUUUUCAGUCUUGUUAUGGUUUUAAUGUGCCUUGCAUUAAGCGUCUUUUCAACAAUGCCAGAUUUCGAAGAACAAGCUACUGUUAUAUUGUUUUAUAUUGUAAGUUACAUUCGAAUUAAAGUGGUUUUGGAAGGAAUACUCUUUUGUUUUGUUAAUUGGAUACAAUUUAUAAUUUUAUAUUGAUUUUUAGUAAUGGAAAGUAGUUAGUCUUGCCGGGGAUGUUUCUAUAGAUAUUUUUUGGGGAAGGUGUGUUUUAUGUAAUAUACUCCUUUUUUUACCCCCUCCCCCUUCCUCACCAUUUUUUGCGCUUUGACGUGGACAGAACGCGUAUUUUACAAAAAUUACAAAACUUACAAGGAAAGUACCCAACCUGCCUCACUCAGAAUCAACUCAAAUUUUUUAUAUAUAAUAUUAUAUAAGAUAGCUUCAUUGUACCAGCAAUAAUACCCAUAAAAAACUUUACCCUUUGAGUUUUUAAAUUUUAAAUAUUUGGGUUUCCCGCCAAUUUGACAAAAUUGGCAUUCUGUUUCAAGCACUUUUAUUACUCUCUUUCCAGACAAGCUAUGCUUACAAAUUUAAAAAUGUAAGUCUACUUUAAGGUUUUCUACUAGUUUAUCAGUGAAAAAGUAUUAAAAGUCAAAAAAUGACGAACUUAUUAGCUUGAAACACAAUGACAAUUUCGCGGGAAAUUCAAAACGUAAUUUUUUGAUGGCGAUUUUCUCGAGAUUUCUUGGAAAGCGCGGUUUAGUACUUUGCUGAAGAUCUUACGUUUACAUGAUCUUUCUAUAUAAAAAGUUUGAAGUCAAUCAGAGUGGGGCAGGUCGGAAAUUUUCCUUGAAAAUUUAAAAUAUCAAGUUUAAGUGAAUUUUCAGUUUUGUUUUGUAAAAUACGAUUGCGCACCUUUAGAGAUGAGAAACGGGCCGGGAUUGAGCAGGUCCGUUUUUUGAAAAUUUUUUUCCCGCGCUUUUUUUCUACUGGUCGAAUUGGUCUGGAAAUUUUUCUACCCCCGUGCUUUGAAUGAUCCUGACUACUAUAAAUGAUCUUAAAAUUUUGAUAUCUCUUAUUGUUUUUGAGAUAUGGACUUGGCGGGAAAAAAAUAUUCAAAAAACCGGCUCGAUCGGGCCCAAGGCGCGGACCGUUUCUCAACUCUAUGCGCACCUUCAAUUUUAAAUAAAACACUAAACCAUUCACAUUAAAAACACCUUGUUUAUCAAUUACGACAUUACUUUUACUUUUUUAUUGUACGUAUGUCUUGUUGUGAACAUUCAUUUGUUUAAUGGAUGCAAACCUGCCAUUUAUAAUCAUAUACUGUUUUCAGGAAAUUAUUUUUGUUUUUUGGUUGGCCGUCGAGUACGUUUGUCGAGUUUGGUCAGCCGGCUGUCGGUCCAGAUAUCGAGGAGUGGCUGGACGGAUACGAUUCGCUACUUCGGCUUACUGUAUCAUAGGUACGGUAGAAUGAUUUUUACUGAUUUUUUUAAAUUCAAGUUUUAAAAUUUUGGUUUUUGGUCAUAAAAAGAAUGACACAGUUUUUUUCAUACUUUUUGAAUUUUCGAGAACGCGCCGAUUUUUUUGCAUCAAAAAUUAAAAUUGGAGAAAAUGAUAUUUUUAAGUUUAAAAAUUUUUUAAUUUUGAUUUUUUAUUUUUUUUUAAUUUAAAAUUGCGUUUUGUUUGAUUUUUACUAAAAUACAAAUUUUUUAAAAUUUUAUUGUCUAAAAUCCCAAAAGCUACUAUUUCCAGAUAUAAUCGUCAUAACGGCGUCGAUUUUGGUGCUGUGCAUGGGUGCUACCGGACAGGUGAGAAAAAUGGGUUUUGUUGAUAAAUAAUACGAGUAAAUUAAAGCAUGAACCCUUUAAUUUUGAAGUGUUUUUUUGUUUUAUGGGGGUUCUUGCAAAAAUACGAUUGCUACGUACAUAGUAUGAUACAGUAAAUUAGUGGGUGCUUUUUGAAGGUUUUAUUUUGUGAAGUUGGACUUUUAAAAUUGUAUUUUAUGACAGACAAUGAUGAGAAAGAAGUAUCGUUGAGAAAUGUUAGCAGAAAUGAGAAACGGGCCGGACUAAAAAUUUAGGCUAGCUCGCGGGAUGGGCUUGGAAAAUAGGCUAAGUAAGCUCAAAGCCAAAAAUCUUUUUAAUUUUUUUUAAUAUUUGAAAUUUUUUAAAACAGACUGAGCCAGGUUUAAAUUUUUUUGACUAAACAGGCCGAGUUAGCCUAAGAAAACAUGAAAACGGGCUAGGCUCAAAGCUUGGUAAGGCCUGGGUUAGGCUUUAAAGCGGACUCAGCACGGCUCUUACUUCUGUUUAAAGAACGGCGUGUGUAAAUUUGGGGCAGUUUUUUCUUUAUUUUAGAAUUUUAAAAUUAAAAAAAAAUUUUUAAAUAAGUCGACUAAAAUACUCAAAAACCUUUUCAAAACCACAUUUCAUCUACUCAACACCUAUAAUAUCACGUCUUAUGUCAUCGUUUGCAUAUUUUGUUUGAUUUAUGGUUUCAGGUGUUUGCGGCCAGUGCCAUCCGUGGCCUGAGGUUUUUCCAAAUUCUUCGAAUGCUGCGAAUCGACCGAAGAGCCGGCACCUGGAAGUUACUGGGGUCGGUGGUGUGGGCACAUCGACAGGUAUGUUAUCGUUGGCUUUUUUGAGGGGUUAGACUUAAAUGAACAACUUUAGUCUUAAACUAAAUUUUUUUAAAAAUUAAAAAUUAUUGAUAGAUCCAUUAAUUUUUUCGUUUUUUAAAAUUUUUUUUGAAUUUUUUAAAAUGUCAGUUCUGGGCUCUACUGUAGCCUUUUUUACCUACAAAAUCUACUGUAUUAUCCUCAACAAACUAUAACCGACUCUUUUCAGGAACUGCUCACGACCUUGUACAUAGGCUUUCUAGGCUUGAUUUUCUCCAGUUUUCUUGUAUAUAUUUGUGAAAAAAAUUACAACGAAAAGUACACCACCUUUGCCGACGCCUUAUGGUGGGGUGUGAUCACGUUGACCACGGUAGGGUAUGGGGAUGUGACACCUUCGACGUGGCCUGGCAAAGUUGUUGGAGCUUUUUGUGCUCUCAUGGGUAUCUCUUUCUUUGCACUGCCGGCUGUAAGUUUUAAGUGGCAGAAUGUACAGUAAUAUAGUUUUUUUUGAAAUUUUAAAAAAUUUUACAAUUUUGUUAUUGUAAAAUACGACUUAACUACUAUUGCAGAGCAGUGAUACAGAUAUUAAGACCCUCUUACUUUUUAAAAUUUUUAAAGUGCCAUUUUAGGGUAUAUUAGGAAGUGGAUUCGCGUUAAAAGUGCAACAACAUCAACGUCAGAAACAUUUGAUACGACGGCGAGUACCAGCUGCCAGGUUAAUACAAUGUCUUUGGCGACAUUAUUGCUCUUGUCCAGAAAGCCGGUCAUUAGCGACAUGGAAAAUAUAUCUAGCACCACCUCCAAUCGUGUAUGUUUAUAUCAUUGUGAUUUUUUUAAAUUUAGGAAGGAAAGUUUAGAAGGUCAUAUUGGGAAGGGUAGAAAAGGUUUUUAUGAAGGUAGAUGGAGAGGGCAGGCAAUAAGAAAGGGGUGUUUUUCUAGCUUAACUAGACGUUUUAAGAAGCUGUGUUUAAUUUUCUAGUCUUGGCCUUUUGUAAAUUUUCAAUAACUUAACAUCAGAUACGUUUUUCACUUUUCGUAAGUGAAAUCUUUUGUUGCGGGAUCUAAGUUGGGCUCCCAAGGACAUCGUUUAGAUAAUCGGGCCUAUAUUUUUCAGCCUGGCUUUUUUUAAAUUUGGUUUGGCUUGGUCCAGGUUGGUUAUACUUCUAGGUUGUUUAAAUAAUUCUGUGCUCCUAAACCCAAAAAUUUGCUUUGAAAAGAGGGCACAGAAUUAUUCAAACAAUUUAAUAGUUACAAAGCCUUAAACACUAACCCCUAACAAAACUGUUACCCAAACUUCCAGCGAGCCCAGCUACGCGAUGCCGCACCAGAACAGUCUGAUCAGCCGCCUGCGACACUCCACCCGCCGCCGCCACCACAAUCACGCCACGGAAACAGAGGGUUUGCAAUCGCUCUUCCAAAAACUGGGCAUUUGCCAAUUUGCAGACUACCGCUCCCAGACCCCGCCCGCCGAGACCUUGCACGCGUUGGGGGCCAUGAAGAACCUGCUGGUGCCCAAGCCCAGCGACAAUCAAAGGUAAGGUGGUCGUGGCGGUUGUGGUGUUGUGAAUAGGGUGUAUUGGCUUGUUUUGAGUGGGGUUUGGCUUGUGCUAGUAUUUAAACAUAUAGAAGUGCAUUUAGGUAUAAUAGCAAAAAAUUUUGAAAUUUUGAGUACUAUUUUGUACUUUUAGUGCAAUAAGAUGUAGCUUGUUUUGAUUAAUACUGUAGUAAGUGAUUUUUUGAGAGCAGUAUGGUGCUAUGAUACAGUAUUAGAGUUGUCAAGAGCUGCAAAGUAAUGUUACAGUGGUAGUACUGUUCAGUACUGCCGUAUAGAAGCAUAGUACAUACGUUAACAACUUUGAAUGUUGCUUGAGUGUUUUGGAUAAUGUAAUGUACUAUUUUGCUUGCUAGUGGUACUUAUCGUGCUUUAUAAAGGGUUUGCAGUGACUUUUUUAUCUUCAUCAUAACUUUUUUAUCAAAGACAUUACCAAUAUUAAGCAUAAAGGAUGUUGCAGAGUGCCAUAGUCAAAAAUUUUUUUAAAAAAAUUUUCAAUGAUUGCCAAAACUAAAUUUUUAAAAUUUUUGUUGUGUUGUGCAACGUAUAGUCUUUUUUUUGGAUGGUUUUCGUCGAGUAACGUGUGCAUACAGGCAUUUUAGCAUUGUGUCGGCGUCGGAUAUCAGUGAGAUCGAGAGUUUGGGAGCAUUGGGCUUCUCUUUGGGAUCAUGGAAGAGUAAACACAAACAACAUCACUAUCAUCAGAGGAAGUCGCUCAGUGCAACACAAAUGCCAUCGAUGGUGGUGGAUGACUCGAGAGUGCCAAACAACUCGUUUUUAGGUAAGGAGCAGAGGUAAAAUACGAAUACUAUGAUAAAAAUAAUUAAAGUAAAGUUUUUAAUACAAAUGAUUAUAAGCUGAUAUUAUACUUAUCUUAUCUUGACAUAAACUUUUAGAAUUCAAUCUUUUAUUAGGUUGUUUAAAUAAUCCUGCGCUACUGAUUCUGAAAAUUUGUUUUGAGAUGAAGCACGUAAUUAUUUGAACAAUCUAUUAGUAUCUUGCGGUAUCCUUUAAAUACGUCUUUUAAUCAAGUGUUUAAGAGAGGUUUAGUGCUAGUUAGUUCUCUUUCAUAGUACUAGUCUGUUAUUGGUUAUCGUUAUUUAGUGCUAUUUUAUAGUACUACAAGACUAAGAAGUACCACUUAUAGUAUCUUUAGCACUAUCACUAAAGUCUUGUCUUGGCUAGUCUGUUCAUAAUCCGCCAAUAUUACUAUAAGUCAUGUAAUGCCAACCAAUAGUUAUUAAAUGAUUUUCUUGCCAUUUUUAAACCCACUUUAUUAAAAAAGUAGUUUUGUAAUAACACCGUGUCAUUUCAACUCAAAAGUAAAUAUAAAAAUGUCAUCUUAAACUAUAUUUUGUCAUAAACUUUUAUUCUACCUCAACAUUCUACGUCAAUAUUCAUUUUCGAGUGUAGGUGUAGUUGUGUAUCCGCUUUCCGAUACCCUAACUGUGCGUGAAUCCUCCCCGUUUUACCUGAUUAUCGUAUUGUGAUGUACGCUUCCUCAUUUACAGCCCCACCACGCAACAGUACGUCAGCUCAACCUCAACAUCGACCCUCAACCUCACCACCAACCACUAGUGGGUAUCGAUCUUCAUCGCCCGGAGAGAAGGGCGACAAACGUGGGCGAAGCCGCUUCACCAAAGCCAUCCGAGGUUCGCGGUCAAUUUCGUUGCGGGACACGGACCCUCCGGCGGCGUUAUUGGUGGGCGAUUAUAUGAUAGCACCAUUGUACGAUUGGUUCGAAAGGAUGAGAUUAGUCGCGGAGAAUGGAGUCGAAUCAAAUGAUAACAAUACGGAUGAAGAUGGAAGUAGAGAGAAUAGUAUGCCAGGUACACCGCUACUGCAUGGAAGCGAUGUGGAGCCGAGCGGAGGUGAACACUCUUCUAAAGCUUUUAAUUGUGGGAUAAAUUUUGGAUACUAGUCUAAAAUUUGAAAAACUGCAUUUUAGAGUAGUUGAAAAGUUUAAAAAAUGGAAAAAAAUUUUGGCAUAAAAUUUGAAUUGUUAUGCAAAUUUUAAAAUCUUUUUUUGAAAAAAAAGAAAUUUUUUUUAUUUUUAAUUUAAGAUGUCAAAAGUAAACGUUAUCACAUAAAAAUACCGUUUUUUAUAUGGUUAUUUAUUCUUUUCUUUCAAGCACUUUAUUUCUGUAUUAACCUUGCACACUUGAGCACUCUUUUUUACUUUCUUUUACUUAUUUCUCUAAAAAUUUUUAAAAAAUAUCAAAAUUUUGUUUCAAGUACGAUUAAAAUCAAUGUCAAUAACAGCACACUAUCAGAUGUCUUCUUACUGUAUCGUUGCGUUUUUAAAAUUAAUUUUCAUUCUUCUAACAUAACAUCUUUCACCAAACUCAAUGUUCAUUGAUCAAAACAGUUAGCAUUCUUCAAGAAUACCUCUAACAUUCUUCAAUACCUUUAACAUUCACACUCACGUUUACUUUAACAUUUCGUAUUACAAGGUGAGGUUUAAAUUCAGAAGUCGUGGAGACACCCGACCGUCCACCCUCGGCCGGCCUUUUGACUCCGGAUCGGCGGAAGAGUUCGACACCAAAACAUUCGUUAGCCAGAAGAGCACAUUCCGCCAUAGCUGCACCGAAUAGUGGUACUGACGAGGGAUUCUCAACCUUCUGGGCUCCAUUCGUAGCGUGUGCUUCGGCACAACAACGACGCAGGAGUCGGCGGAGACGGACUUCGGCCAACACUUUUACGGGUAUUUUUUUCUUUCUUUGGACGUUUUGGUGUACUGUAACUUUUUUUGGUUUUUUGAGUUUUGGGUCGUUGAUUUUUUUUUGUUUUGAUUGCUGUGGUAUUUCUAUGUAUGAUGGUUUUGGUAUGUUUUGUUAUCAUGACUAGCUAACUAUUAGCUCUUUGUUUUCAUACCUAUCUGAUUAUUUCUAACUUUUUUCUUUGUUUUUAUUGAAUGACUUGUCCCAUAAAAGAUUUGAUAAAAUGAGUUUUUUUUCUGAAUUUUGAUAGCAAUAAUUUCUUGUUCAUGAGAAUUUAAAAAACUUCGAUUUUGAAAAAAAAAUAUUAAUUUAUACCGCUGUUUGCUGUUUUGGCAAACUUUUUUGAUUUAAAAAGUAAUGAUCUUUACCUCAGUAGUUGCAUCCGGAAUUAUAAUAGCUCUGAACCGGCUAAAGAUCAGCUUCGGUUUUGGAGCUGAGCGCCAAACUUUGAAAAUGAAUUGAAGCCGGAGCCGCUAGAAAUUUCAAAAAUGCCUAAAUUUAAAAAGAAGCCCCCUAUGUUGCAAAAAAAAUUGUCCCACACAUUAAUUUCAUGAAUUUUUAUGAGGGACCAAGCUGACUCGGCGCUUUUUGUGUUACUGGUUUAGCAAGUACUAGUUUAGAAAGAACUUAGAUACUCUAAUCUAAAAGAGUUUGUAAACUAGGCUAUUGAUACGCAAAGUUUUGGUAACUACUUAAAACUCGACUUAAAAGCUUACUUUAAAGUGUUUAAAAAUUUUGCUUGUUUUAACGACCUACUUCUUUCAUUGCCGUUACCUAUCAAUUUCUUUGCCUUCUUUUUCCUAAAAAUUCUAAACAGUUACCUCCUUUCACGUUCUCUAACACAUCAUGUAUCGUUCAUACAAAUGUCCGUCUGGGUUAUGUUCCUUUUACGUUUACAUUUACUUCCUUUUUUGUUCGAAUCGCACCGUUCCUACUUGGUUAAGGCUUGUUCUCCUCCUUUGUUCGUCUGUUUUUAGUUUAGGGUGGCGGUAAUUGAUUGCACUUUAACACGGUUUUACUUAAUUGCUUUAGGGCCUCAAGAGCUAAAAAACUAAACAAAUCAAGUUUAUAUUUUAAAAUCAUUAAAAUUGAGUUUAUAUUAUUUAAAAAUGUGAUUAAUUACUUUUUUUUAAAUUUAAAUUUUUUUUAAUUUUAAAAAACAAUUUGAAUUUUUAUGUUUAUUUUUAAAAAUCAUUGAAAAUACUACUAUAAUAAUAUAUAAUAAAAUGCUUAAACUUAAUUUGUUUGCAGUGCUAUAAUAAUUUUUAUUUGACCAUUCUACCGGUCCCAAUCGUAUUUUACAACAAUUACCUAAACAUACAUUUUAGAUGAAGAACCUCCAUCACUACAACCAAAGUCAAUGGAUGAGUUCACACCAGUUCUAAAGAAUGUUGUCAGAGCAAUAAGAAGAAUCCAGCUAUUAGUAGCUAGAAGGAAGUUCAAAGAAGCCUUGAAGCCAUACGAUGUUAAAGAUGUGAUCGAACAAUACUCAGCUGGACAUGUUGAUCUACAAGCCAGGGUUAAACAAGUUCAACUGAAGUUGGAACAGAUUGUGGGGAAGCAGGGAUCGAAAGAAGAAGUCAAAGUUACUUUGACUAACAGGGUGGUAAAGGUAGAACGACAGGUGGGUUCUGUAGCAUAUUGUAACUUUAAAAAAACAAAACUUUUUUAACUUUCAAGACGUUGUAGUAUGCUAGAAAAAACUUGAUUCUACAACAAAAGUCAUUCAUAUUAACCCACUUUCAGGUAGAAAAAAUCGACAAGAAAAUCGACCUUCUGGUCGAAAUGUUCCUAGAAGAUCGUCGACAUCGCCUGAUCAAGUCCAACGCUCCACCGGUGCGAAGCUCAGCCCCUACCGCAGCCAAACCAACACGCCAAAACGCUCAUCGAGAGCCGUCACCACCUCAUUCCGCGACCGGUCGAUUAACCAUGACCACACCGUCGUCACAACUUUUGAUACAGUAAGCUGAGGCUCUAUGGGUUUGUGUAUGCUUUAUGGGUCUGUGUAUGGUAUAUAAUUACGGUGUUUAUCUAUCUGUUAGUAUUAUAUGGUUGUGAUGGGCUUUGCUUUAUGAAAGUUAAGGUUAUAUCAAUAGGCUAUAUCAACGUUUUUUGCUAAUAUAUUAGGUUCUUCAAAUAAUUAUGUGCCCUAUCUCAAGACAAAUUAGCAGUGUUACAAGGCACAGAAUUUUUUGAACAACUUAAUAUUGAGUAUGACGUAUUUAUGUUAAAUUUAAAGUUUUUGUAACAUCAUAUAAUCAAAAUACCUUUCAAUUUCCAUCUACUAUAACUUGACCUCUACCUCAACUUAAUCCUAUCACCUUUCACUUCCAUAUACCCCACAAUACACUAACCUAACCUCACUUCGCAUUUCAGUAAGAACUCAGUUCCAGGACGCGCAGCCCCAAUUCAAAUAGUCUCGGCUAGGCGGCUCCAAUCUCUUGGACUGAUCCCAACAUUCGAGCAGUUGAAGAAAUUGUCAUCACGUUCGGAACGUCAACAGAAGCCAGAAGGCAUUCCACGGUCGAGUAGUCAGGAGCCGGGGUUGAUGACAGCUACGUCUUCCACAGAUACGACUGAGAUGAUGACUGGUCGAUCUCAUUUUAGUAGUAAUGUCGAUGCUACGGAAGAGACGGCGCUUCUGCCUGAAACUAAUUGA